AUAAUGUGAAUAUCCUUGAAUAAUUAAUCAUUAUAAUUCUAGGGUAUUAAUGCCAUCGUUAUUUUUAUUUCCUUUUCAUUUUCUUUUAGCUGAUAACUUUAGAGUACUCUAGCUGAUAAAUCAAUGGAUGGAGCAAAUCACUCAGUGGUGUUAGAAUUUAUGUUCCUGGGACACUCCAAUUCCUGGGAGAUCCAACUUAUCCUCUUUGUAGUCUCUAUGUUUUAUGUUCCAAUCAUGAUGGGAAAUUCCCUCAUUGUCCUUAUGGUGACUUCUGACCCUCACUUACACUCCCCCAUAUACUUUCUGUUGGCUAAUCUCUCCUUUAUUGACCUGGAUAUUUCUUCUGUUAUUUCCUCCAAGAUGAUUUACAACCUUUUCAGAAGGUGCAAAGUCAUCUCCUUUGGAGGCUGCAUUGCUCAGAUCUUUUUCAUUCAUGUCAUUGGUGGUGUGGAGAUGGUGCUGCUCAUAGCCACGGCCUUUGACAGAUAUAUGGCCAUUUGUAAGCCUGUCCACUAUUUUACUAUUGUGAGCCCCAAAAUGUGUAUUUUGCCCCAGGUUGCUGCAUGGAUAAUUGGUUUGACCCACUCUGUGUUUCAACUAGUUUUUGUGACAAAAUUGCCAUUUUCUGGUCCUAAUGUGCUGAGUAGCUUUUACUGUGACUUCCCUCGAUUUACCAAACUUGCCUGCAUAUACACCUAUAGACUAGAGUUCGCGGUCACAGCCAACAGUGGGUUUAUUCUGGGAUCAUUUUUGAUCAUCUCCUACCUUUUUAUCCUGAUCACUGUUUGGAAACACUCUUUAGGUGGCUCAUCCAAGGCUCUCUCCACGUUAUCAACUCAUAUCAUGGUGGUAAUUUUGUUCUUUGGUCCUUGCAUCUUUGUUUAUAGCUGGCCUCACGCCACAUCACACCUAGACAAAUUCCUUGCCAUUUCUGAUGCAGUUCUCAUUCCUUUUCUGAAUCUAGUCAUCUACACAUUCAGGAACAAGGAGAUGAAGAUGGCAAUGAAGAGAGUAUGCAGUCAACUUAUUGUUUACAGAAGGAUUUCUUAA